AUGGAUUGUAGAAAUCUACACGUAGAAAGCCUGUUACAAUGUGCAAGUCUUUCUAAGGAAAGUAAAAGUGUGACCUUCUUUUAUGUUCCGUUAACAAAGUUUUGUCAUUGGGAUUGUACCAUAACCCACUGCGCACUUUGUUCAGAAAACCUUACCAGAGAAUGGAAGCACUAUGAAAUACAGUCAGUGAGAAACGCUGCAUUGCGACAACUGGCACAUUCGUCGUCCACGUUUCCUUAUGAUAGUGGUUGGUAUGCAGCAGGCUGGGCCGUAGAUGGGAAGGUGGCCGACUAUAGAAGUGCACAUCAGUGUUUUCUUUCAAACUACGAGACACAUCCUUGGAUUCAAAUUCAUUUAGAUGGAUAUUAUUUCAUUUCCUUUGUAAGGCUAUACAAUCGACAGGAUGGAGCAGGAGAGCGCCUUCACGACGUAUCAUUGUGGGUGUUCCAGGAUGCCUACAGUUUUACAGCUUGUGGAUUCUUUAAGGGACCCGGGAUAACCAAACAAGUGGUGGAGAUAUUAUGUGAAGAUAAUGUACUUAGAAACAUUGUGAGACUGCAGAUAAUACAUGGAUCUUAUAACAGCCUUGCCUUAUGUGAGGUUGAAGUCUUUAUUUCUACAUGAGU